AUGAUUCAGAACAUUGAGAAGACAGUUCUGCUCUCUAAAUAUGUCAAUCUGCUUGCUGCUGAGAUGGAACCUGAGACAGCAGAUCAGAAAAUGCAGGAUUUUGAGAUACAGAUUGAUCUGACUGAGAGAGAGCAGCAGAAACCCUUCUCUGAGAAGACAGUGAAGAGAGAUUUUGAGGUGAUUAUUGUCUCAGAUAAGAAGAAGAAGAAGAAGAAGAAGAAUAAGAAGUGA